GAUCUCGCUACGAAGCUUCUGAUGCAGCCCCUUACUUAAUUCAUGUGCUUAAAGAUCAAGACCCAUCAAAUGAGCGUCCAUCUAACAUUCACCCGAUUUCAUUCGGCCAAUUUUUGAAAAAGAACAAGUUUAAAAAUAUAGUUAAUGGCAGUUUGAAAAAGAUUGGUAGAAACCGUAUUGUAAUUUCAUUUUCAAAUUUUGAGGAUGCAAACAGUUUUGUUUCAAGUGCAUUGUUAAAACAAUAUAAAUACAAAGCAUUUAUUCCAGCAGCUAAUGUGACCCGUAUGGGAGUGGUUAGAGGAGUGCCAACUGAUUGGACUGAUGAUGAGGUUAAAACUAGUAUUUCAGUGCCCAUAGGUUGUGGUGAUAUUUUAAAGGUCAGACGGUUUAAAAGGAAAGUAACAAGUAAUGGUAAAACUGAAUUUGUCCCUACUGAGACUGUUGUCCUGACCUUUGAUGGCCAGGUCUUACCUAAGCGUGUGUUUCUUUGCUAUAACUCAUUACCAGUGAAUUUGUAUAUAUUUCCAACAAUUCAAUGUUUCAAUUGUUGUAGAUAUGGUCAUGUCAAAAGCCAGUGCCGAUCUACUCCCAGGUGCUUUAGAUGUGGUCAGGGACACUCAGGAGAUAGAUGUACUGUUGAAGAAAGUGUUUGUUGCCUGUGCUCCGGUCCUCACUGUGCUACAGAUAGGAAAUGUCCAGAAUUUGAUAGGCAAAAGGGAAUUAAGGAAACUAUGGCUAAAAAUUGUCUGUCUUAUGGUGAAGCCUUGAAGUUACAUCCACCCAUUACUAAGUCUUAUGCAAGUGUCCUAAUGUCUUCUCCUCCGCCAUCUCCAUCAAUUGAAUAUAACUCUAACUUAUCUAACAAUAGCAACAGGUCAUAUAAUAAAACAGUAUACUUAAAACCCAAAGCUCCACCUAAACACGGAAAGGGCUAUGAUCGAGUAGCCCAUAGUGAGUUAGUAAAAGAUUAUAAUGCUCCUCAGCCUGAAAAUGGAUGUGCCUUAAAUAACCAUGACCCUAAUUCCCUUUUUAACAUACCUAUUAAAGAUUUAAUUAUUGCAUUAAUAACAUCAUUAUCUAAGUCUAAUUUAGUUUCUUUACCGUCCAACGUUGCCAUACCUAAUAAUAGUAUACAAGAAAGUAAUUCUCAAAAUGGAUCAAAGCUCUCUAGUGUUGCAGUGGAAUUGCCGCAGCAUUAGUAGUAAGAAAAGUGAACUUUUUUAUAUAAUUAACAAGUUUAAACCAUUUGCUGUGUCUCUUCAAGAGACAUGGCUUCAACCUCAUGUAUAUUUUAGAGUACCUGGCUUCUCUUGUAUAAGAGAAGACAGAAGUGAUGGCUACGGCGGUGUAGCUAUCCUUGUAAAUAGAUCUAUUUCCUUCACCCACAUACCCAUUCCCCAGCAUAAUAGUGAUUUCUCAAUUAUAGCAGUUAGUAUAAGUAAUAUUUCAUUUGUUUCCCUUUAUAUUCCUCAUCCAUCCUCAGCAAUAUUUGAUGAAGUGGAGAAUUUAUUAGUUAAUAUUCCUAAACCAGUUUUAAUUAUGGGAGACCUCAAUGCCCAACACCAGUCCUGGGGCAGCUCUAAAUCAAACUUCUAUGGCUCUAGAACUUUAGAUAUAUUGGAUCAUUUAAAUUUAUGUUUAUUAAAUACCGGCGAGCCGACGCGACGGACUUUACCUAACGAAGGUAUUAGUAUACCAGAUUUAUCUAUUUGCACACCUAACUUAGCUUCUUCUUUAACCUGGACAACAUUAAGCUCGUCAUUCGGGAGUGAUCACUUUCCUGUUGUAAUUACAUUUCCUAAUGAAGUAGGUAAAACAUCCGAAAGGCGCCCACCUCGUAUGAAGUAUAGGUUAGCUGAUGCAAAUUGGUAUGCAUUCCAACAGGAAGUUCAACGCCACAUCUCCUCAUUACCUAAUGUCUCUAGUAAUAAUCAUUCAGAGUGCGCGGAAGCAAUAUCUCAAUUGCUAAUUAAAACAGCUGAUGAAAUGUUUGCCACUAAAAAUCAUAACCCAAAUACAAUCCCACCCCCUCCCUGGUGGGACCAAGAUUGUUUGACAGCUGUCAAAAAUAGGAAAGAGGCAGAGAGGCAUUAUAGGUCCGAAUCUACUGUUGAGAAUUUUGAUUAUCUGAUGGAAGUAAUGACUGCCACUCGAAAACUGCUUAAGAAAAAAAAGUGGGAGGGCUGGCAGUCCUUCUGUGCAUCAAUUUCUCCGGAUGUUUCCCCAUCGCUAAUUUGGUCCAAUAUCCGUAGAUACAGAUCUAUAUUUAAAGAACCUCAACCUUAUAACAUGGAUGAUAAUGUAAUAGACCAAUUUCUAGAUAAGCUAGCUCCUCCUUCUGUACCUUUAUGCACCGUAUUUACAAACCCAUCCCUGAACAAUUCUUUCCAAAGUAAUUCUGGAUCUUUGAAUGAGCCCUUUACUCUUUGUGAAUUAAAAGGAAUUUUGUCCUAUGUCAAAGAUUCAUCCCCAGGAGAGGAUGGAAUUCCUUACUCUUUUUUCUCGCACCUUAGUGAUUCUAGUCUUUCCUAUUAUUUAACAUUAAUAAAUUCUAUAAUGCUUAACGGUAAUGUCCCAAAUACAUGGAAAUCACAAGAAAUAAUUCCGAUUUUAAAACCUGGUAAAUUAAGCUCUGACCCUAAUUCAUAUAGACCGAUUGCACUUUCAUUAGUAAUUUUUAAAUUAGCUGAGCACCUUGUUAAGAACCGCUUAGAAUGGUUUGUAGAAAGCGCAGGGUUAUUAAGUAACAAUCAAUAUGGUUUCAGAAAGGGUAGAGGGACUAUGGACAGUAUUGGGAUAUUAACUACUGACAUUCGCCUAGCAUUUUCUUCUAA